AUAUAUCACUAACCAAACUGAUGACAGAAGAACAGAUAACAACAUCAACAGCUAAAAAGGCACCAAUCGUUGAUAAUUUUGCAUUACUGUUCUACGAUAACGAUGCAACAGAAGCUGAGUCGCCAGUGUUAAACGUGGAACCUGAGCAAAAGCUCACAAAAGAAGGAGAAUAUAGAGAAAAGUUGUACAAAUCAUGGAAGCAAAUAGAACAAUUAAGAGAUGAAAUAACCGACAAGUACUUGGCAAAACAGUCAACACAAGAUAAACUGGAUGGCAUACUGAUGGAAUGGCAAGUCCAAGUGCGAUUCAAUAUGGCAAAUGAACAGACACAACAGUCCGUCAAGGUUAAUUACCAACGGAUACUCCUAUUGUACCAAAAGAUACAAGCCCUAACUCUACAACUACAGAAUCUAUACGUCGAAAUGGCACUGUUGAUUGAAAAAAGGCUUAUACACGUUAUCGACAUACACAAGAAAGCAAGAGAAUGCGUGUCCAUACUGUACGAUAAAAAAGGUGUGGAGUCCAAUGAGUAACAGUGUACCUGGACCCUGAUAAAAACACGUGUAAC